AGUUCCACGUGAGCUCUGGGAACUCACAGGCGCCCUCGGCGGACACUGAGCUGGGCGGUGGCCUCGGUUCCCUGGCGAAUCAGCCGCCCGCGGCCGUGGUUCUAAAGUACGGUGGCCGGAGAAACACCGUAGGAGUGGCUGGUCCAGUCGGGUCUGCCGUGGGGAUGGCCUUGCAGGAUGGCCAGCUUCCGUGUUAGCCGAGGGUCUCGUGUGUAUGGGGCUGGGCGCUCACCUGGAGCUGCAGACUGGCGAGCCACUAGCUCACCCAAGUGCCAGGGAGCUUGACGGAGGAGGCUGCCCCCACCUAACGGGCCCAGUCCGGGACUGAAGCCUUGUCAGAUCACCGGGCAGGACGCCCAGCCUUGUCCUGCAAGAUGAACCCAGUACUGUCUGCUGUCCGACUCACGGUCCAGGAAGCCAUUCACACCCUUUCAUCUUCAGAGGAUGCUGCCCAUAUUCUUUCCACUCUGGGGACUCUGAAGCGAUACCUUGGUGGAACGGAGGACCCAGCUCUCCCCGAGAAGGAGGAGUUUGCCACCAUCCACUUCUCAGUGCUUCUCAGAUGUCUGGUCAGCAAACUGAGCCCAGGUUGGCUGGAGCUAUCCCCCGACGGCCAGCUGGAGCAGCUUUGGGAGAGCUUCUUCCUGGAAGGCCCCCCAGACCAAGCCUUCCUGGUGCUGAUGGAGGCCAUCGAGAGCACUGCUGGCCCUAGCUUCCGUCUGAUGAAGAUGGCUCGCCUGCUAGAGACAUUUCUGAGCAAGGGCAGAGUGGCUGCUCUCAUGGAGGAGCAGUGUCGGCCGCAGACAAAGCCCAGCUUCCCCCUGUUCCAGGAGACGCUGCUCGGCAAAGUGGUGGGCUUGCCCGAUCUCCUGGGCAACCGCCUCCAGCGGGACAACCUGACCCAAUUCUUCCCCCAGAACUACUUCCCCCUGCUUGGUCGGGAGGUUGUGCAGGCGCUAAAGGCAGUUGUGGACUUUCUCCAAGGUGGCCUAGACUGCUCUGUCUCCUUUGUGUCUCGAGUUCUGGGGAAGGUCUGCAUCCAAGGGAGAAAGAAAGAGAUUCUGGGUGUGUUGGUGCCCCAGCUGACAGUGCUCACCCAGGACAGCUGUCUGUGGCAGCGGGUGUGCUGGCGCCUGGUGGAACAAGUGCCUGACCGGGCGGUGGAGGCUGUGCUGACAGGACUUGUAGAGGCCACUCCCAGGCCUGAAGUCCUGUCGCGACUACUGGGGAACCUGGUGGUGAAGAAUAAGAAAGCACAGUUUGUGAUGACCCGGAAGCUUCUUUUCCUGCAAUACCAAUACACGACACCCAUGCUGCAGAGCCUGCUGGGGUACUUGGCUGUGGACAGUCAGCGGCGGCCACUCCUUACGCAGGUGCUUAAGGAGCUGCUAGAGACGUGGGGCAACAGCAGUGCCAUCCGACAUGCACCCCUGGAGCAGCAGCGCUACGUCAGCAGGGCCAUCCUGGUCUGCCUGGCGCACCUGCGGGAGCCGGAGCUGCAGGACAUCCGGGAUGAAUUGCUGGCCAGCAUGAUGGCAGGUGUGAAGUGCCGCCUGGACAGCAGCCUGCCCGCUGUGCGUCGCUUGGGCAUGAUUGUGGCCGAGGUCAUCAGCUCCAGGAUCCACCCUGAGGGGCCUCCCCUGAAAUUCCAAUAUGAAGAUGAUGAGAUGAGCCGUGAGCUGCUGGCCCUGGCCAACCCCUGGCCUGUGGGUGACUGCUCCUCAGAAGCAGGAGGCCCAUCCCUGGCUCCUGUUGCCACAGAGCCUCCUGUAGAGACACAUGAAAAAACUGUGGACAGUGAUGCCCCCCCAGCUCAGCUGCAGGGCUCUGACUCAGAGCUGGACAGUGAUGAUGAGUUCAUCCCCUAUGAUAUGUCAGGGGACAAAGAGCUGAAGAGCCGCAAGGAGCCCCUGUAUAUCCGAGACUGUGUGGAAGCCUUGACCAUAUCUGAGGACAUGGAGCGCUGGGAGGCAUCCCUAAAGGUGCUUGAGGGCCUGGUGUACAGGAGCCCUGAGGCCACUCGGGAGGUGAGUGUGGAGCUGGCCAAGGUGCUCCUGCACCUAGAAGAGAAGACCUGCGUGGCAGAGUUUGAGCAGCUGCGCCAGAGAGCUCUGGUGGCUGUUACAGUCACAGACCCGGAGCAGGUAGCCAAGUAUCUGACCUCACAGUUCUAUGGCCUGAACUACAGCCUUCGGCAGCGCAUGGACAUCCUGGACGUCCUUGUUCUGGCUGCCCAGGCACUGUCUCGGCCAAGAAGCCUCCAGAAGCUUUCCCAGCACAGUUCCCCUGGUACUGGCACCUUGUGUUCACCAACACUAGCUGUUCCUCAGACUGACAGUGCUGUGGCUCCUGACUGGCGGGCGGUUGUGGAGGAGCGGAUCAGAAGCAAGACCCAAAGGUUCUCCAAGGGCUGUCCUCGGAAGGAGCUGUCAGGUGGACCCAAUGAAUUUAACUCUGUGGCUGGUUACUUCUUCUUCCCCCUCCUUCAGCACUUUGACAGGCCUCUGGUGACCUUCGACCUUUUAGGAGAUGAUCAGUUGGUACUUGGAAGACUGACCCAUGCCUUAGCAUCCCUGAUGUACCUGGCUGUUAACACCACAGUGGCUGUGCCUAUGGGUAAGGCCCUGCUGGAGUUUGUAUGGGCCCUCCGCUUCCAUGUUGACACUUAUGUGCGCCGGGGCUUGCUGUCUGCUGUGUCCUCUGUCCUUCUCAGUGUACCCACAGAGCGGCUGUUGGGGGACCUGCCAGAUGAGCUGCUAGAAGCCAGAUCCUGGUUGGCAGAUGUGGCAGAGAAGGAUGUGGAUCAGGACUGUAGGGAGCUGGCAAUGAGGGCUCUGCUGCUUCUGGAGAGACUGCGAGAUAAGCUCCUAUCCAUUUCUUCUCCAUAGUCCCGAGGAGUCCCCAAAUGGAUCCUGGGCCAUCCCCAAUGCAAGAAGGAAACCUCUGAGAAGCGGAGUCCACACAGCUGGGCUUUCUGUGGUAGCCAGGUCUGCAGGGACCACUUGGGCCCAGUUUGCAUGAAGUAGGCUCCUAUGAACUGACCCCUGCUGUUAUUUAUAUCUUGGCGAGGCUGAGCUGUCAGCUAAAUAUUGGGGGAUGCCUGUGCUGUGGGAAACAACAGCCUUGGACUGACCAGAAUUGGGGCUUGGGAGUGUGGGGCCCAAGAGGUCCCUCCUCCUGAGAACUUUGGGCCAGGGCCACAGAGCGAAGACAAGAGACAGCUACUGGGCCUCCACUGUACUCUCAUGGGGGUGCCAGGACAGCAGGCCAGGGGUAGCCUGCUGGGUUCCCAGGGGCUUUCAACACUGUGUUCCAAUGAGAAUAAACAGGGCUGCAGAUGUGGUUC